GAAGCGCAACAGCCCGGAGAGCGCAGCAGCGACUUCACCGCUGCAACUUUGAUGACAGGGGUUUUUGGAGCCGUCGAUGAGCGCGUUUGAAGUGCCUUGCUGGUGAAGAAAAGGGGAUCGAGUCUCGACCUGCGCUUCCCUUUCUGCCAGUCGGAUCAAAAUGAAAUUACUGAUUUGUGUGGUGGCGGUGGCCCUGGCGGCGAGAUCUGCGCACGGAGGCACCAAGUUUGAUGAGCCGUGUGCAGGUCUGGACUGCAGUGGAGGCUGCAAGUGCAACCCAGAGAAAGGCAGCAGGGGUCGUCCUGGGCCUCUCGGGGAGGUCGGUCAGAGUGGACCGGAGGGGCCACGUGGGGGUCCGGGGCCUUCAGGGCCCAAAGGAGAGAAGGGCCACGUCGGAGUGAAAGGACCGUCUGGGCUCAAAGGAGACAAAGGACCAAUGGGAGUGCCCGGAUUUCAAGGAAACGAUGGUGUACCCGGUCACCCGGGUCAGGAGGGCGGCAGAGGACCGCCGGGCCUGGACGGCUGCAACGGGACCAGAGGGGAACCCGGAGCGCCGGGCUUCGGGACAGGAGGCCCGGGCUUCCCUGGACCCAUAGGACCGAUUGGGCCAAAGGGUCAGAAAGGAGAACCGCGAUUCAUCUCAGACAACAACAUCGCUUUACCAGGUGUACCAGGAGCCAGCGGUCCACCUGGUAUCAGAGGUCCUGAUGGUCCGCCUGGUUUCUCUGGUCCAAGAGGGCCUGAAGGUUACCCCGGCCCACCUGGUCCUCCUGGUCCUCCUGGGCUCAUGGGGAGCCGUAGUGACGGAUAUCAAGGAGAGAAAGGAGACAAGGGCGACGUGGGUCUUCCCGGACCCAGUGGUACUCCCGGCGACGGGUCGCUAAGUGGCGAACAAACUCUCACUAUCUACAAAGGAGAUAAGGGUGAACCUGGUCCCAAGGGGUUCAGAGGAUUCCCUGGAAAUCCAGGUCCACCUGGACCUUUCGGUUAUCGUGGUGAAUUUGGAGAGAAGGGCAUUCCUGGAUACCCCGGGGCAAGAGGUCCUCCAGGGUAUAACGGACCUCAGGGCGCUUCGGGACAGCGGGGAUUCAGAGGGAAUCCAGGUUUCCCCGGCCAACCAGGAUACAUAGGACCCAAGGGAGACCAGGGAGAACCGGGACUUCCAGGACCUCCAGCUUACGUCAACGGUCAGGGAACCUCAGUUCAAGGACCUCCAGGUGACUCAGGUCGCAGUGGCUUUCCAGGUGCCCCUGGUGACCAGGGAAGUCCAGGAUUUCCAGGCCCUCCAGGCCCACCAGGACAAGGUGGCUUUGGUGGUCGCGGCUCCCCAGGUUUUCCUGGGACCCCAGGCCCAAAAGGAGAGAAGGGCAACCCGGGCCUACCAGCCUACGGCGUCGAAGGACUCCCAGGCUCCCCCGGACUCCCUGGACCCGUCGGCCCUCCUGGACCUGCGGGUAUCUCUGGCUUUUCCAUUGAACCCUGCGUCAUCUAUCCUGUCAGGCCCAAAGGUUCUCCUGAUGGUCCAGCCACUAGUUUCCCUGGACGGCCUGGAAACCCCGGCCCCAGAGGAGAGCCGGGUAACACCGGAUACAAGGGCUUCAGAGGUGACCCUGGUGACUGUGGCUGUCUUGGAGGAGGCUUCCCAGGGUUGCCUGGGUUACCUGGAAUCCCAGGAGCCAAUGGCAGCCCUGGAUUUCCUGGACGAAAGGGUGAGCCUGGUGACGGCGGGUCACCUGGCUUGAAUGGUGUUCCAGGACCUCCUGGUCGUUCUGGUCCGAGUGGCACCUUUGGUCGCAAAGGAGAAAAGGGGGCUUCGUUCUAUCCGUCCCUGGGUUUGGGGGCGAAAGGAGAACUAGGAGCUUCUGGACCAAGAGGACCUACAGGUGAAACAGGAAAACCCGGCAGAGACGGACUGCCUGGCUUCCCGGGAGCCCCUGGACCCCCAGGCGACGCCGGCUUCGGCACAGUUGGGGAGAAAGGAUUCACAGGAUUCCCAGGUUCUAAGGGCCGCCCCGGUGGCCCCGGCGAGCCCGGCAUCGGCUACGCCGGGACCCCCGGCUUUCGUGGAGAGCCCGGAGACGCCGGUGCUCCAGGGUUGCCAGGGCAGCCAGGUUUGCCUGGACCGAGAGGCCAAGUGCUGCCUUGUACCAUACCUGGUGAGGACGGGAACCCCGGUGUGCCCGGCAUACCUGGGCGACCAGGCCCUAAAGGUGAACCAGGCUUCUCAGGAGGUUCUGGACGACCAGGGUUCGAUGGUCCCAAAGGAGAGAGAGGAGACCCCGGCUUUGGAGGCCAGCCUGGACCUCAAGGUUUCCCUGGACCCAGAGGAGACGCUGGAGCUCCAGGUAUCCCAGGACAGAUUUUUGACGGCGGCAGGGGGAAGGACGGUGCUCCAGGGCGUCCUGGAGCCAAAGGGCAGCCUGGGGAGGUGCUGGGAGCCACACCUGGAGCUCCAGGACGGGACGGUUUACCUGGAAUCCCCGGAGACAAGGGCCAACCUGGGACACCGGGAGGACCUGGAUCGCCUGGUCUUGAUGCACGUUCUGGUGUUCCUGGGCUGAAGGGAGAGCGUGGAGUCGACGGUCUGCCCGGUGUUCCCGGACUUCCCGGCAUUCCAGGUGACCGGACCGGUGGCAUCGUCGGGCCGCCCGGACCUCCCGGACUAAGGGGACCGAGCGGACCUCCAGGCUGCCAAGGCUUCCCUGGUCGGAAAGGAGAAAGAGGAGACCCAGGAUUCCCAGGGCCUGCUGGAAUGAAAGGAACCCCAGGACUGCCUGGCACUCCUGGCUCACCAGGGCUGAGGGGACCCCCCGGACCUCCAGGACCAGGAACUAGAGAGGGAAUCCCAGGAAUACCGGGAACAAAGGGUGAAAGAGGUUUCUCAGGAGUAAUGGGUUUCCCAGGACUUCCCGGUCGCCCCGGGUCUCCAGGAUUUCCUGGAGGUAAGGGAUUUUCUGGAGGCCCUGGAAGAGACGGACUUCCUGGUGGACCUGGAUACCCUGGACAGAAAGGUGAGAGAGGAUACCCCGGCCCUCCUGGCCUGCCUGGUAUUCCUCUUCCAUCAGAGCUGGUGGAGAAAGGAGACUCUGGCUUCCCCGGAGGCAGCGGCCUCCCUGGCUUCCCUGGACCCAGAGGUGACAAAGGUCUGCCAGGUCUACCUGGUCGUCAGGGUCUGCCUGGGCUUCCUGGCUUCGCUGAGCAGAGUAAAGGGCAGCCGGGACAGCCUGGGUUUCCUGGGCAGCCCGGAGCUCCAGGCUUCCCUGGACCAAAGGGAGAAGCUGGAAUCAUGGGAUUCCCUGGCAUGUCAGGACCACGGGGUGAUGAUGGUGCACCUGGUUUCUCUGGCAACCCUGGAGAAUCUGGCCGGCCUGGCGGCAAAGGUCUGCCUGGAGACUCUUUCGCUUAUCCUGGAGGGCCAGGAGCUAAAGGCCUGGUCGGAGAUUCAGGCUUCCCAGGUGGUCGUGGCAACGAUGGCGCCCCCGGUGACAACGGCUUUCCAGGAAGUCCAGGCUUCCCUGGACCAAAGGGUGGUCCAGGGGAAGCAGGGCGGCCUGGAAUAACAGGCUCUCUUGGGUUCCCUGGGCCAAAAGGUAGUCCUGGAUUCCCAGGAAGAAGAGGACUAGAUGGGUCUCCUGGAGGUCCUGGAGGUCCUGGAGGUCCCGGAGCCAAAGGUUUGCCUGGAUCCCCUGGUUUGGAUGGACUUAAUGGCCUUGCUGGACCUAAAGGCCUCACUGGAACCCCAGGUGGGAGUGGAGGAGGCCUCCCUGGUGCCCCUGGUAUUCCAGGUGCGAAGGGCGAGAGAGGCAUCUCCUACCCCGGAGGUCCAGGAUACCCCGGAUCAAAGGGAGAGAGAGGAGAGCCAGGUGUUUCUGGACUCCCUGGGUUCCCUGGUCGGCCUGGACUUCCUGGUGCGGUUAUUGGAUCAGACAUCCCAGGACCUCUCGGAGACCCUGGCCUUCCUGGGUUGGAUGGAGAAUAUGGUUUCCAAGGUCCUCCAGGUCCUCCCGGGCCGCCUGGUCCUGGCACAGCCCAGGGAGACAGAGGUGACUCAGGGCUGCCCGGCUUCCCAGGCUCGCCUGGCAGAAAGGGAGAAUCAGGAUUUCCUGGAGGCCCCGGACUCCCCGGCAGCCCUGGUUUCAAAGGAGAGCGAGGUGAUACCGGCUUCAGCGGAGGUCCUGGUCUCAAAGGCUUCUCCGGUGACUCUGGUUACUAUGGAGGCAAAGGCCCGAAAGGAUUACAAGGGCCUCCUGGUCGUAAGGGUUUCCCUGGAGUCACGCUGACGAUACCGGUAGACUUCACCCGGCCCUUUGGAGACCAGGGUUACCCCGGCGACAAUGGAGGCUCUGGUACCCCUGGAGAGCCUGGUCAGCCUGGCAUGCCUGGACGUCCUGGUCCUAAUGGUCGUCCCGGUGGCGUGGGAAAACUUGGCAGGACCGGAUCACCUGGUCUGCCGGGACUGGUGGGUGAUGGCGGACCUCCUGGCUUCCCUGGACCAACUGGAGAACAAGGUCUCCCCGGUGCCGUCGGGCGUCCCGGCUCUCCCGGCAGCGUCGGCCGCAGCUUCAGCAUCGGCUUCACUCUGGUGAAGCACAGCCAGAACGCCCAGCCUCCCAUGUGUCCUCAGGGCAUGUCCAAGCUGUGGGAGGGAUACAGUCUGCUGUACGUGGAGGGACAGGAGAAGGCACACAACCAGGACCUCGGUCAGCCAGGGUCAUGCCUCCCCAAGUUCAGCACCAUCCCCUUCCUCUACUGCUCCCCCAACGAGAUCUGCUACUACGCCAGCCGCAACGACAAAUCCUACUGGCUCUCCACCACCGCCCCCAUACCCAUGAUGCCCGUGGCCGAGGAGCAGAUCCAACCGUACAUCAGCAGGUGCUCAGUGUGCGAGGCUCCGUCUCAGGCGGUGGCCGUCCACAGCCAGGACAUGACCAUCCCCAACUGCCCCCCCGGCUGGAGGAGUCUCUGGAUAGGAUACUCCUUCCUCAUGCACACGGCAGCCGGUGCCGAGGGCGGCGGUCAGUCCCUGGUGUCCCCCGGCUCCUGUCUGGAGGAUUUCCGUGCGACUCCCUUCAUCGAGUGCAACGGGGCCAAGGGCACCUGCCACUACUUUGCCAACAAGUACAGCUUCUGGCUCACCACCGUGGAUCCCAGCCAGGAGUUCCUCUACUCACCGCCGCAGGAGACCCUGAAGGGAGGCCAGGAGCGCUCCAAAGUCAGCCGCUGCCAAGUCUGCAGCAAGAUCUUGUAGUAGGCGGAGGCGAAGGGUGGAGGAGCGGAGGGAAACAUCGGGAGGUGACACACUAACACUUCAAGAAAAGGAUGAGAGGAAAGAUAAUCGGAACAGAACAUGUGACUGACUGAAAAUGAGCCCCUGUCCUGUUUCACUGGGCAACCCCGGCCCUGUUUUCAGAGUUUUUUUAUAUCCCAUUUAGGAGUGAAUGGCUUAUUAAAAGAAGCUGGAGGGAGGAAAUGGAAGGAGAAGGCUUCCGGCGUGAUUGCUCUUCUCCAGAUUAUCACUGACAAUGGUGCUAUUGUUUAUGUCUGUUUUUAUUUUGUGUCUGUUUUUCUCGUUACGGUUUUUGGCGAGAAUCAUUCUCGGCUACCUCGGAGAGUGCCGCCCCUUCGGACAGCACUGCACCGCUCACACACCAGGGCUGCUUCAGGUGAGCCAGUUGAGACAGCAGAGCCACACGUGGUUGGGUACAUUUGAGACUGGUUUAGCUGAAGCAGAUGUUAACCUCACUGAUCCCGGUUCAAACUUCCAUUUUUAUAGAAAUGGCCGCCUCUUCUUACACUUGAUGAUACGUUAAAGACCGUCGCCAUGACGCUGCCUUUUCUUGGCACACUGGUGGUUUUGCAUUGUUUUGCGUGAAUAGCUGCAGCAUACUGGUUGACAUUCAUUUUGCAGGGUUGGAAAAUCAAACUGCUAAGAUGCAAGAUCUGAGAUUAGAACAAGUAUUGCAGGUUACAUUUAAUGCACUGUAUUUUUUGCCUUUACAGACCACAGGAGAAAAACAAAAAGCUAAUGUAGCUGUGGUGUCGCUGUCUUUAAAUAUUUCACAUCUUUUGAAUCUUGAGUCUUUGUGCUUCUCACAGAAAAAGACAGAUGAAGCCUCUGGGUCUGAAAAGUGACGCCAAAGUGUCUUAAACAUGAAUUACUUUAAACAGCCAGCAGGGGGCGACUCUUCUGCUGCAAAAGAAGUCUGAUUACACAGAAAGUGGCCAUACUCUCACUUGAUGUGUUACCUCAGUAAACAUUUACUAAUUAAUUUAUGGUCUCAGUCGCUGGUUUAAAGACUUUUCUGUUACCAGUAGUAAAGUAUCCUCGAGCUCUCGAUCAAAUCAACCCCGUAGAGUUUCAAAGGAUGGACGUGGCCAAAUCCCAACCCGAGGCUCUUAAACCAGUCGUCCACAGACCAGUGGGUGACGUCCUGAUAGUCUGCUGUGCUUUCAAUCGAUGCACAAUUGGAUUCAGAAAGCCAUUUAAAACACAGUGUUAAGGGGUGAAUAUUUUACAGCCAAUCCUGCAUCAGGGAAAAUCCAACAGCUGCUUUUGAAAACAAAAACUACAUUUUACGUUUACAUCUUUGCGUUUUCUUCGUCUUCGGUGUUUUGUGGCUGCUGACGACACUUUCAGUAAGAUCCUAAAAGUCGUCGCUUCUAACGAUAAUAACGCAGCUGUUCAGUCUAAUGAGUGAUUAUAUUAGUUGAAGUACAAUUCUUUACGUGUUGAUUUUCUCAGAGAAAUGAGUGUAAACCAUAACGAACGUGUGAAGUGAUUUCGAGCAGUUGUUAGUGAAGACUACAAUAGGAAUGCUCAGUCACAAUGUUAUCUAUCCAGAAACGUGCAAAACUACCAGUGUGGUCCUUUAACUUUACUAUGCAUUUUCCACAUGCCUGUGACCUCUGCACAUUUCUCAAUGUGACUCUCUGGUGCUACAAUUCCCUGACAGUCGACUUGAAAGGCAACGUUUGAGAUCAAUUCUCAUUAAACUGCAUGCAAUAAUGAUAAUAAUUAAAAAAGCCAAACCAGCACUUUUCCUCACAAGCCACACGAACAAUAAUAAGAAAUGACUGAUAUUGCACUGAUACUAACUCACAUGGGUCAGAACACCAAACAAGUCAAGUAAAGGGGCAGAUUCCCCCAUUUCCACUCUCACAGGUUUUCAUUGUAUUGUGACCAAACUAGUAUUUUUUUAAAAACCCUUCAUUCACUCUAAAUUUAAAACAGGAAACAAAACACACACUCUCUGAUUGUUAAUUAUUGCUGUACAUAGUGCUUCCUGUAUUUCCCAGCAAAACAUGUUAGAGCAAAGGUCUGUAACGCUGUUAGCUCCUUAUUUUAUUUUGAUUUUUUUCCCGCUCUUUGUCUUUUCACUGUCCUCGGAUAAGAAAGAGGUAAAAAGAAAAAGAAAAAAAAAAACUCAUUUUCUGCCUUCAAAUGUAGAUUUUGCAGCCAUAAAUGUGACGAUGAAUAAUGAUUUGCAAACGAGUGCAAAGACAAGAUCAGAAGUUAAGUUUUUUUUUUUUUUUUUUUUAAUUAGGUUUGGUUUGGAGUGAAACUGGUUCAUCUCUGCUUGGACAGUGAAAGCUACUGCAUGACUUGUAACCACUAAGACCGCUGUGUCUAGCACGUCUCUCUGCUGGUAGCCUUGACUUUACUACCAUGUCACAUUUGACUUUUUUUUUUUCUUUUAUGUUUCUUUCUUUCUUCUUAUUUGGUCUGUAUUUGUUGUUUUGUAAUCUAGAUUGUAAUUAUUUUACUUAAGUCAUGAUACUAUCCCCUGGUUUUAUUUACUGAGAUGGGAGGGAAUGGGAAGAUAAUGAUGUGUACAUUAAAUUUUAAGGAAAAAAAAAAUGCUUUUAGGAUGUUUUUAUAUGAAAAGUAUAUUCACCGCUCAUGAUUUAACAGACGUACUAGCAGUUUUUAUUGUCUGUUUGGACUUAACCCCGUGUUCAGAACCAAAUGCCUAAUGCAGCAACAUACUGUAAGUGCCUGGAGGGACAGAAAGAAAUGCAGUUUUCCUCAAAGAGGAUCCAAAACAAAAGUGGGUAAAACAUGUCUGUUACUGUAAUGUGUAUUUCUGUGCUCACACACUUUGGAAUAAAGUUUAAAAACGUACUGACAAAUGCAUUUGUAUUAUUUGUUGUCAUCUCGGUGUAAGAAACUGAAGUGGAUUCACACAUAACAUCAGUGUUUCUCAUGCUUGUGUGCUGUCGUGUAGAGGUGAUGUUCGGGAUCAUAUUUCUUUCUGUGCUUGGCAAAAACCAAAUUAAAGACUUUUAACACCUUGA